UUACGAGCAUGGAAUUUGGACCUGGUAGUGGACUGGGCAGAGCAGCAAGAGGAACCGGAUGAGGAGACGAUGGCCAAGGUGAAGGUGUUGUACGUUCGGAAUCUGAAGGAGGCAGUGAGCGAGGCGCAGUUGAAGGAGAUGUUUGCGACGCAUGGAGAGGUGGAUCAUGUGAAGAAGAUUAAGGAUUAUGCGUUCGUGCAUUUUGUGGAGAGAGAACCGGCGAUUAAGGGUGAGGGAGUUUAA